GCUCGGUCGGUCGGUCGCGCGCGCUCCGGUCCGGCUCUUUCCCCUCAGCAGCCCCGCCGGCCUCGCCGUCGCCAUUUCCAGCCGCUGCUCGCCGCCAUGGCAGAAUUCUGAACAUUCUCAAAGCAUCCUCUGAAGUGAUAGAUACUGUACAAAACAGGAGGGACCAUAAAGGGACAGAAGGUGUGCAGGACCUAAGGCUAAAGGACCCCGAUACGGCUCUUCUCUGGUGCUUUCCUUCUUACGGAACACUCCGCGUCUGCCCAUAUACCUUAGUCACCAAUUCAGUUUUCUGACUAUUUUGGAAAGCCAUGGGGAUUGGCAAAAACACUACUUCAAAAUCCGUAGAAACUGGAAACCCAGCAGAGGCCAAGUAUGAGGAUGAAGCCAAGCACACUGCUUUCUUUACGUUGCCAGCUGUAAUAAGUGGAGGAGCAACCUCAAGUGGUGAUCAAGAUACAGAAGACACAGAACUUAUGGCAAUCUAUACCACAGAAAAUGGAAUUGCAGAAAAGAGCUCUCUGGCAGAAACCCUCGACAGUAGUGGAAGCUCAGACGCACAAAGGACGGACAUGAUCUACACAAUUGAAGAUGUUCCACCCUGGUAUCUCUGCAUAUUCCUGGGGUUACAGCAUUACCUGACCUGUUUCAGUGGCACCAUAGCAGUGCCCUUCUUGCUAGCAGAUGCCAUGUGUGUUGGAUUUGAUCAGUGGGCCACCAGCCAGUUGAUCGGGACCAUAUUUUUCUGUGUUGGAAUCACAACUUUGUUGCAAACAACAUUUGGGUGCAGGUUACCCUUGUUUCAGGCCAGUGCUUUUGCAUUCUUGGCUCCCGCUAGAGCCAUCCUCUCUCUGGACAAAUGGAAGUGUAACAACACAGCUGUAAUGGCUACAAACGGAACAUCGGAGCUGCUGAACACAGAACAUAUCUGGUACCCCAGAAUACGAGAGAUCCAAGGUGCCAUUAUCAUGUCUUCUUUGAUAGAAGUGGUGAUUGGCUUCCUGGGCCUGCCCGGAGCACUCUUGCGAUACAUUGGACCUCUGACUAUUACCCCCACGGUAGCUCUCAUUGGGCUCUCUGGGUUCCAGGCUGCAGGCGAGAGAGCAGGCAAACACUGGGGCAUAGCCAUGCUGACUAUUUUCUUAGUGCUGUUGUUUUCUCAAUAUGCCCGAAAUGUCAAAUUACCAUUACCCAUUUACAAGUCCAAAAAAGGAUGGACUGCCUAUCGCUUGCAGCUUUUUAAAAUGUUUCCUAUCAUUCUAGCUAUCCUGGUUUCUUGGCUGCUAUGUUUCAUCUUUACUGUGACGGACGUCUUUCCGCCCGAUAACACUAAGUAUGGAUUCUACGCUCGCACUGACGCCAGGCAAGGGGUUCUCCUGGUAGCUCCCUGGUUCAAGAUCCCAUAUCCCUUUCAGUGGGGAUUACCGACCAUUUCAGCUGCUGGUGUGAUUGGGAUGCUCAGUGCUGUGGUUGCUAGUAUCAUUGAAUCCAUCGGUGACUAUUACGCCUGUGCCAGAUUAUCUUGUGCUCCUCCACCACCCAUCCAUGCAAUCAACAGGGGCAUUUUCAUAGAAGGCCUUUCCUGUGUAUUAGAUGGAGUGUUUGGCACCGGAAAUGGGUCGACUUCUUCUAGUCCUAACAUUGGAGUUUUGGGAAUUACAAAGGUUGGAAGCCGACGAGUUAUUCAGUACGGUGCUGCUUUCAUGCUGCUACUUGGAACAGUUGGCAAAUUCAGUGCGCUGUUUGCAUCUCUUCCAGAUCCAGUGCUGGGAGCUCUGUUUUGUACUCUCUUUGGAAUGAUCACUGCAGUUGGACUUUCAAACCUGCAAUUCAUUGAUCUGAACUCUUCACGGAACCUUUUUGUUCUUGGAUUUUCUAUCUUCUUUGGGCUGGUGCUCCCAAGUUAUCUUCGGCAAAACCCACUUUUUACAGGAAUCGACAGCAUUGAUCAAGUCCUCAACGUCUUGCUGACUACCGCUAUGUUCGUUGGUGGCUGUGUGGCGUUUAUUUUAGAUAACACCAUUCCAGGCAGCCCCGAGGAAAGAGGCAUCCGGAAAUGGAAGAAGGGCUCAGGCAAGGGCGGGAAGUCCCUGGAAGGCCUGGAAAGCUACGACUUGCCUUUCGGCAUGGAGUUCAUCAAGAAGUACAGGUGCUUCAGCUUCCUGCCCAUCAGCCCCACCUUCCUGGGCUACAGCUGGAAAGGCUUCCGGAAAGGCAGCAACUGCGGGGCUUCAGAGGACGAUUCGGAGGCCACCGUAUAGCCCCGGCUGGACCUCGGUCUCCCAGCUGUCGUAACAGACCCUUUGUGCAGUUUCUGGCUACUUUACUGUGUUGUAUUGUAUUGUAUUUUUAUUUUUAUUAUUAUUUUGUAUAUUUGCAUUUUUAAAUUCUGGAACUUAAGAGCCGAGGCAGGUGAUUUAUUUUUAUUAUUAUUUUUUUUUAAAAAAGCAGCUUUCCCUAUUGUAGAUGGCAAGAGCAAUCUGUAAUGUCUCUCUACAGUUAUAUUUUGUGGGCAUUCGGAAGAAGAAGAAGAAGAAAAAAAAGAAUCCUUGGGGGAUUAGAUGCUUUUAUAUUGGGCAAAACUGCUUUUCCUUUUGAAACAACCCCGAUAAAAUGGUUCCAUGGCCUGCACCUAGCAGCCCUCAGGCAGGCCGAAUUUAUCCUGUUUGCAGGUUCUACAUUCCAUUUAUUUUUAAGCCUGCAUCACCUUAACCCAAACCCUGCACAAGUCAUUGGUAUUCUGUAUAUAAACUGUUGCCACAGAGCCUAAUACGGUAAAUCAGGACCAGUGGCGGGGAGGGGGUGGGGGUAUUUCCAGGGUAGGUGGGGGAGGCAACCGGCCAGAAUUUGCUCCCAUGACCAGUUAGAAGGUUGCAGGAACAUUGCAAGCCUCAGAAGAAAGGGGUGCAUGGCAGUGGGAGAGGGAAACUUCACCCCCUUUUUUGACUUUCCCCUUCCCAGCUGUAUUACAGCACAAAAAUUAAGAUUCCGGAUGAGUGAAAUCUGGCUGGCUGGUCUCGGACUGCGGCCGCCUGUUCAAAACUUUGGAAGUUGGGAUUGUUUUUCUCUGCCACGCCCUCCGGUUCUUAAACCAAGCAGCACUUUCAAUGUUCUCCAGUGGAUCGUGGAGGCUUUGCCCUGAAUGCAGGAAGAGAGAGCCAGGGACCCACCUGCUCCCUGUGGUGGAGAAGGGGCCGAGGGGGCUGCCAUCAGGUUGCUUUUCGUUACCCUGACAGCAGUGAGGCUGCACAGCACGACAAGUUUGAUUCCCUUAAAAAGGUUUUGGGGUGCGGAGAGGCAGCCCUGUGAUGGUUCCACAAGCCCCCCUUUUUCCCCCUGGGAUGCGGUGGGCACUCCCAACUCUUGGGUGCUCUGGGACCCUUCUUGGGCCUUGCUACUGAAAUGCCUCGCAGCUUUACUAAGAGAUUCAUCGCCUACGGUACAAGUUGGUUUCGUACGAUAAUAAUACUAUUUAUUAAGCGCUUGAGUUGUAAAACAGUCCCUUUGUCUCCAGGCCUCUCCAUUUUCAGACGUUUUUGUCAACCCCCCAAAGCGAGAGGCAGGUGGCAUUGCCUUUUCCCACGCUCUUUUUCCCCCAAAUGGAACCCAGGGUCCCUUACGAGGGGAGGAGAGACGCUAUGCAUGGCACUGCUGUCUGCCAAACAGUUUUAACGGGUAUCGGGGUGUCUCCGUGGGGCCCCAUUCAGUCUCUUCGUGUUGUGGGGUGUUUUUUUUUUCCCCUCCCCCCCUGAACUGAUCUUGGCUCGGAUAUUGUGCAGCUGUUGAAACCCUUGUAAGAAUUUAUUCCUAUUUAAUGUUCUCACUAUAACAGCUUAGUUUGUAGAUACAGGUGAGUUAGCUUUCCUUGCUCUUCCCCCCCCCAAAGGUAGCACCCAAAUUGUUCCCUUUUUUUUUUAAGAAAAGGAAAAGGAAAAAAAAAAAGUUGCAGGAAGAUUUGUCAGAGAGGCAUUACGGGAUUUUAAGGCCAGUACGCUCUGACCAGCUGCUCACGAAUGUCAUUGUGGUUGAUGGCAAAUUCUGCAGGUGGUUGCUGGUUGGCUGCUGAAGGAUGGCUAGUAGAGGGGAGGCCCAAGCGGCUGUCCGAAGGGCACCAGGGGCUUGAGGGGUGCAGAACAGAAACUGGAGGUCAGUGGAGGGUAGCCGUUUCCUGCCAUUUCUUUAGUUCCCAUCCAGGAGCUUUUCUUUCCUCUGAUACUUUCUUCGAGAGCUUUCGGUACUUUGCAUCUUUAGAAUCAAGCCUGCAAGAAGGCCUCUCUUAAUUAUUUUUUUUUUAAAAUCAGAAUUCAUGCUCUGUUCUUUGAAAACAGGACCUCCCUUGGCUUGGAGGGAUAUAUGACACUAAGGCCUUCCUCUGCAGGAAAUUCCCUUGCGUUCAUCUGCACCUCUUUCCGAAAAAAGCUUCAUUACGAUCCCACUACAAAGCUGCCAUCCUGGGCAUAUUUACGUAAGGAGUUAACACAACUGAGUUUAGCCCCAAGUUUUGAAUUAGUUUAGAACAGGGGUCCCCAAACGUGGCAGCUUUAAGACUUGUGGACUUUAACUCCCAGCUGUCAACUUGCAAAGCUUUCAAAUUGCCAUGAGCAGGAGGGAGGGAGAACUGAUAGAGCUGAUUGAUUUCCCUAACUGAAGUGCAUUCCAUACAUUCUUCCUGACCGCAAUCAGAAGGAGGGUGUUGGAUUUCACGGCCAGCCAAAGUGGUUCAUUGGAGAAUGUGAUUUAUGACAUGGCCAGAGAGGAGGGGGAGAGACAGGGUUAUAGGGGAACAUAAAUCUAUGUGGGAUUAGUUCUAACUGCAUCCAAAACUUCACACCAGCAUAGCUAGCUGAAGAAUUCUGGGAGUUGAAGUCCACAAGUCUUAAAGCUGCCAAGUUCGAAGACCUCUGGUUUAGAAGGACCAAGCUGUGUGUUUAGUUUCCCCCCGUUAUAUUUAGGUGAACCAAAGAAAGAAAAAGAAAGGAAGGAAGGAAGGAAGGAAGGAAGGAAAGAAAGAAAGAACUCCUGCCCUGUGUUUGGUGGUGGUUGUAAUAUUGUAAAAUGCCAAAGCCCCUUCAGUUUAGGUGCAUUACAGAAGCAAAAGAAAGUUGUACGGCCAGAAUAUUGGAAGAAUGUAAUAUAUUCUGAUUUGGCCCCUAGUCUCUCUCUCUCUCUCUCUUUUUUUCUCUUCUGCUUUGAUGCUUUGCUAAAGCAAACCCCAAAUGACCCUGACUGUGAAACAGUGCUGUCUAUCUCUCACCUUUGCACAUUUGUUUCCACACGCUUAGCCAAGAGUAAAAGUGCGUAGCAAAUAACACAUGCAGCUACCGCUGGUGUGUUACCUGUAUUUUGAGCAACUGUGGCACACCGCAAACCUUAGUUUACCCGAUUCCAAUCAGAUGCAAUGAUGAUCUGAGUGCCUAUUUGUACAUUAGACAGAAGCAAGGAAGGAGCAACUCCGUUAGAUUCAUUCCUCCUGUUACAAAACACAAGGUCUUGCUUUCCUGAGGCUUCCUCAUCCAGAAUGUGGUGCUGAUGCCUAGAAAUGGUAUCUUAAUCUUACCUAAUGCGGCUGUAGUAGCUGCGUCAGCAGGGCUGCAAGGUGAGGGACAUGAUUUAUAGUGACUUAAUCUGAUUUGGUAAACGAUGCAAUCAUGAAAUUCAUUGAGGGAAGGAAGCCAGGCCCUCCUGAAUAGCUGAUUUUACUGUAAGAAGGCAUUCUGUUUACCCUACAAAAGUAGCUAGGAAAUGGGCCUGUCCAUCUGCCGUGGAGCUUCCCUUCCUUAAGAUUUGGAAGGGCUCCGUGGCCAUAAUAUUGAAGCCACUGAGAUCCCAAAUUCCCAGGAGGUUCAGUGUUUCUGCAGCUGUAAGAACGAAAAGAAACCGAAUGUCAGUCCUCAAGAAACUUGGUUUGAUUUUUUUUUUUUUUUUAAUGUAAGCUCUUUUGGGGAGAGUUGGUAGCUGAAUUGCGGAGUACGUGGCUGGAAGUGGCUCCUGUCCAUGAAAGGGGGAGGCGGCUGCAGGAAUCUCAGCCUGGGGAAGGAUUUUUUUCCUGCAUCUUUUCCUUUGUUGCAUGGAUCUGAGCUGCUUCUCGGUGGGCUGUGUCUCAAGCAGAGCAUAAGCGUCAAGACAGGAAUGCCCAAAUCCGUUUACUUAGGAGAGAGCCUGAAAUCAAUGAAUAUUCCUUGGAAUGAGGGGUGGGAUGUGGGUGCAGGGGAGGGGGGGCGGUUUAAAAUGCGUCUGUGUAUUUUAGCUGGAAAAAAAAGUAAAAGCUAGACACUUUAAAUUGUGUCUUUGUGCAUAGCUAUCUGGCUUUCAGCCGUCGGAGUGAGAGAAUAUUGUGUACAGAGAAAUAUGUAAGGGAAAGGGAAAUUUAUUUCAUUUAAAUUAAAAGAAAUAUUAAGGAACACUGCUAUGUCACGUCGAAGAUGUAAAGACAAAUAUUCAGAACAAAAUAAUUUGAAAAACUUUGUUUUUUUUUUAAAUAUGAUGACUUUUUUUGUUGUUAAAUUAAGUAUUUUGAAAAGAAAAGAUGUUUGAAUGUGUUUUAUAAAACGAUGCCUCUUAAAUUUAUAUUUAAUUGUUAAUUUUAUCCAUGAGUAACAAAAACGUAUUAAUCAGAAUAAUCUGUAUCAGGGGGAAAAAAAAUGGUUUUUAAAUUCACAGUUGGUUUUACACCGUUUAAUACUGACUUUCAACGUGACAACUUUGUACAUGAGCAUUGCAGUAUUUUUGUUUCCAUAAGCUUAAAAAACAAAAAAAAAAAAACAAAUAAAACCAAUAUCCAACAAGUGACAUUUCCACCCAGGAUAAUAACUACCUGACUUCCUGGGUGGGAGUGAUAUAUAUAUGAUUGUCAUGACAGUGUCAUGUGAUGAAUUUAUUUCAUUGACAAAAUUGCUAGCAAUUGUGUAUACUUUGUUUACCCAUGUUUAUACAGUGUCCUUCAAAGAAGAGGCAAGGUCCUCCAGAGAAGACUUGCAACAAAAACUUUGGAGCCCAGAGCUGGUCCAGACACAAAGCAUGUGUGACCAUCUCAGGUAGCUAUUUUUGAACCUGACUCCCAUUCAGGGUAGAGAAUCCUGGCCAAGCAGGAACAGCCAGAGUCCUCCUAAUAAGCCGGCCUCAUUUGGAGAGAGUGAGCUCAGCUCCCAUCGAGUCCAUGGGGCGUGUGUUAGGAACACAGCCCAAUGGAUUGGACCCCAUCUUAAUGAGCCCCAUCUUAUUUGGGGGACUUCCCACCUCAAGUAUCCAGAUGUCUUGUGCCAACUCUGUUGAUUAAUUAAAAAAAAAAAAAAAGUUAAGCAGAUGCAAAGGUUAAGCAGUUAGACCAAAACAGAUCAACAUCUUGCUGGUGGCCCAGAUCCCUCUUUAAGCUUCGAUCAUCUCUCUCUAACUAAUGCUGGUAUAAAUGUCAGGCUGUUUCCAUGUUACAGCUUAAAUGUUGGGCAACCCCAGGUCCUCGAGGCCUUGGCCUUUUCUGUUGUUUCUGAGCUCCCCUUUGCUUUCACCCUGUUAGCGGUGGGUUACAUUCCUAGGGGGAAGAAACGGGGACCCGUUCAGAGCAGAAAUGGGUCGUUUAGACCAGGGGUCUCCAACCUUGGCAACUUUUAAGACUUGUGGACUUCAACUCCCAGAAUUCCUCAGCCAGCAGAAUUCUGGGAGUUGAAGUCCACAAAGUUGCCAAGGUUGGAGACCCCUGGUUUAGAGCAGUGUAUAUCCUGCAUACCGGCUGGGGAAAUCUGGGAGUUGAAGUCUUAAAAGUCUCGUGAGAAACCCUGGUUUAGAUCCUUGGUAGAAACUGACCCAUCUUACCUGCUAAAAAACAAUAUUUUGUAUUCAUGGGCUCUCUUGAAUUGGUGGCUAGGCUGUUCGCAUCCGCGUGUAAAUUUGGUUCAUCCUGAACGUAUUUUUAAAUAGCUAUCAGGAUCUCCCAGAGAGUUCGUUUUUUCAGAGGUAACUCUUACCUCUCCCAGACGUUUUUCCCCAGGAGGCUUUCUUGGUCUUAAAGAGCUUUCCACAAGCUCGGCCAAGCUCAGAAACUUCUAGAGUAACUAUACUCUGUCGUGUUUGUCCCAGGGUCUCCAGAGCCCUUCCAAAAAUCACAGGGGAGAAAAGAAUUAAAUAAAAAUCAGAGGAGUUCCCAUCGAUAUUAGCUUUCCUUUAACUGUCAUUCAAUAAAAUUGGUUCUCGGGCCCCAAUCCAUUUUGGAAGUGAAAUCCUUGGCAUUCCACUCCCACUCCAAGGCCUGGUUAAACCAAACCCCAAAGUAGUUGGGGACCCCCAACGUUUAGCUGUAAAGCGGAUAACCAUCGCUUGCCAUUCGAUGUGCGUUUGCAUUCCAAAGCGACCCAGUUCAUCUCGGGGUGUACGCUUCGAGAUAAGCCAGCGCAAAAGGAGCUUCUUAUUUUGUUUGUGUGGGAUUUUUUUUCCCCCCAGUGGCCUCCUUGAACAAUAUAUCCAGUCCUUAAAACCUCCAGAAGGUGGUCUUAGAAAAUGGGGGCUUGUGAUGGUCCCUGUUGCCUAUCUAGAGCAGGGGUCUCCAACCUUGGCCACUUUAAGCCUGGAGGACUUCAGGAGAAUUCUGGGAGUUGAAGUCCUCCAGGCUUAAACUGGCCAAGUUUGGAGACCCCUGCUCUAGAGAACCUCUCUGGGAAGCUUCUUAACCAGGCUGGACAGAGAUUAGCCAACCUAUUAAGGGAUUUGCCUUUUGCAGUUCAGUCCCUUCGUCCUUUGCCCCGCGAGGAGUCCGCCAGUAUUUUGCUUCUGCCCAUCGGUCUCCGCCAUUGCCAGGCCGGCUUGCUUUGAAGUAUUGAGAAUUCAUCUCCAGCUCUAUCCAAAGCACUCCUGCUCGGUUAUUAUGAUUUCAUUUGUGGCUGUGAUUAGUCAUCCAUACCUAUUUGGUAGCCGAAAAUGGAAUGACCUCGUGUUAUCGUCCAGCAUCUGUUCAAGUAGUAGACCAUCUUGCUGCUGAUUGAAACUUAGAGUGCAUUCCCCAACCCCACCCCAACCCCUGUUCAUCACAACUUUUGCUGUAACAAACUCUUAACUGUUUGUUUAGACAGUGGGACUCUCUCUCUCUCUCUCUCUUUUCAUGAGUUUUCUGUGAAUGACCUUAGCUACACAAUCUCCUGUUAAAUACCAAGUUGGGUUUUUUUCUUGGAGAUGUGUAGUCCUUUUAUUAUUGAGAUUUUUAUGGGUUUUGUUCUGUUUUUUUUUUUUCCUAACAAUUGCUUUAUUAAACGUUAAAAUAUUUAAAAAAUAUGUAAUAUUUGGACCAGAUGUUGUGAAUAAUAGUAGAUAAAAGCUAUUUUAUUCUGUAUUUUUAAAAGCUGUUCGGUAUAAAUAAAAGUUGACAUAGAUGCAA